UUCAUGCAGCGAUCAGUUUGUUUGGAACUAUCGCAACCGACGGUUCAGUCGAAGGUUGUUCGUGCGUAUCCGCGGUUUGGUACGGGCGCCGUGCGUUUGUGAUCUGAAUAGCAACUGACUUGCUAAUAGCAAUAACAUAUAAUAAGUGCUCGGAGAAAAGAGUGGAGUGCAGUGGGAAUUUCCAGGUUUUCAAAGCAACCUUAGUAAAAACAGAUCGUCGAAGAAAUCGAUUAUCAGUGUUUAGUAUUUAGUGAAACUUAUUCUAGGGAAGAACAAAUAUUUGGAAUGGGGCAUUCUAGAAUGCUCCCGUUCGCGGUUGCUGCAAUAUGUCUGGCGUUUGCAACAACUUGCAGCUGCGAAGGAUUUUAUUCCAUCGUGGCAUCGAAUCUCUUGAGGCCCAACUCCGAGUACCACGUAUCGGUUAGCAAUCUGAACGUACCGGAAACGGUGCAAUUUCGGAUCACGCUAAAUAACACCGAUAGCGCAACUCCUAUCGCCAGCGAGGAAGUCAACCUCAACCAAGGUGAAUCGCGUCUAAUUCCAUUCGCGAUUGGCGAUAUCGCCCAAGCGGAGUACAGCCUGAUCGCCGAAGGGUUAUCUGGGUUCAUUUUCAAAAACGAAUCCAGUCUCACGUUCCAACCUAAAAGCUUUUCGGUGUUUGUCCAGACAGAUAAGGCUAUUUACAAGCCGGGAGAUACCGUCAGGUUCCGCGUGUUGGUGCUCGAUCCCAACACGAAACCCCUGCAGAAGGUGGGCGCGGUGAAGAUUCACAUCACCGAUGGCAAGGCAAACCGCAUAAAGCAGUGGACAGACGCCAAGCUUGUCAAGGGCGUGUUUGAGUCCGAGUUGCCGCUUUCUAGCGCACCCGUGCUGGGACGAUGGUUGAUCAAUGUGGAGGUUUUGGGAACGACAAAAACACAAGAAUUCGAAGUGGACGAAUACGUGCUGCCCAAAUUCGAGGUCAGCGUGGAGUCACCCGGAAUCACAACAUUCAAAGAUGGAUCCGUCAAAGUGAUCGUGCGUGCGAAGUACACCUACGGGAAGCCCGUUAAGGGAGAGGCCACCGUGUCGGCCUAUCCGGAUUUCCGUUUCCACUAUGUUCAGCCGUUUGAGCGUGAUGUGAUUACUAGGAAGACGGUUCCGAUCGACGGCAAAGGUUCGGUGCAGUUUGAUCUGCGAAGCGAAAUAAAGUUGGAAGGUGAUUACACGAGGGAUAUCGUUGUUGAGGCGAUCGUUGAAGAGGAGUUGACGGGGCGAAAGCAAAAUACUACGGCCAAAUUUACUAUUCACGAUAAAAGAUACAAGAUGGAAUUGAUUAAAAACUCAGACAAGUUCAAGCCUGGACUGCCGUACACAGCUUGGCUGAAGGCAUCCUUCCAGGAUGGACGUCCGGUACAGGAUACUACGAACCAGAUUGAAGUAACUCAGGAGUAUGGAUACCCCAACCGAACAAUAACGAAGCGUAACUAUACUUUGGAUGAAAAUGGAAUGGCAAAAUUGGUUGUGAACACUGAAGAUGGACCAAGCUACAUGGAUUUCAAGGCCGUAUACCUAGGAUCGACCUUCUAUCUCGGUGGGAUUUCAAAAGAGAGGGCAACGGGUAAUGCCUAUAUGCGAGCAAAGGUUUUAACCGAAGUGCCUACAAUCAAUAAGGAUCUAACGGUGGAUGUCACUGCUACCGUUCCGAUGAAGUAUUUCAGCUACCAAGUACUUGGACGAGGAGAUGUUAUUGUUGGGGGAACCAUUUCCGUUCCCGAUCGUAAAUCUCACACUUUCCGUUUUCCGGCUAGCUUCGCUAUGGUGCCCAGAGCACGUUUGAUUGUGUACUUCGUACAAGAUGAUGGCGAGCUGAUUAGCGACCGUGUUGACAUUGAGUUUGGAAAUGAACUGCCGAAUUUCCUCAAGGUAUCGCUGUCCAAGACCCAGAGCAAACCCGGUGAGGACAUGGACAUCACGAUCAGCACGAAUCCCGAUUCUUACGUUGGGCUGCUCGGAGUGGAUCAAAGUGUUCUGCUGUUGAAGAGUGGAAACGAUAUCACCGGUAGCAAAGUGUUUGACGAGCUGAAAAUGUACGAACAGCGAAGUUAUGGUUAUGGUCGGAAGAAGCGGUUGGCUACCUGGAGAUUCCAACCAACGUACGAUGAUUUCAGUAAUGUUGGAGCUCUCAUUAUGACAAACGCUAACGAACCACCACCAAACGAUACCUCCUCUCAGCCGCCUCCCAUUACCUAUAAAACACUUAGAGGCCCGGACGGAACCCCGCUGUACACGGUGAUCGAGAAGGAUCCGCGCUCGCUGCCGGUUCACAAGUUCAUAACCAAUACUCGACCACCGUUGGCAGGACCGUACGCUUUCAGCCGUAUUCCGAAGCCCCAUAAGAACACUCCGCGAGUUUUCCUUCCGCGUGAAAUCGCCAACACGUGGUUGUUUGAGAACGCUUACUCCGGUUUUUCCGGUGAGAAGACCAUUUCGAAAAAAGUUCCCGAUACUAUCACAUCUUGGAUUAUCACUGGGUUCUCGGUCAGUCCAGUCCACGGUCUUGGCUUAACCCAGCAACCAAGGAAGCUCAAUGUUUUCCUACCAUUCUUCGUGUCCACUAAUUUACCAUACUCAGUUAAACGGGGGGAAGUUGUAUCGAUUCCGAUUGUUAUUUUCAACUAUAUGGAAUCCGAUCAGAAUGCUGAAGUGACGUUCCACAAUAACGAGCAAGAGUUCCAGUUCGCCGAUGUAGAGAACGAAGUCGAUGAGACCGCAAAGCUGGAACUGUUCCGAAAGAAGAGUGUCGCAAUUCCAGCCAACAGUGGAAAAACGGUAGCGUUCAUGAUCAGACCAACCAAGUUGGGUCCCAUCACGAUCAAGGUAACGGCUGUUACCAAGAUGGCCGGAGACGGUGUCGAGCGUCAGUUGCUUGUCGAGCCGGAGGGUCUACCACAGUACGUUAACAAAGCCCGAUUCGUCGAUCUGCGUGCUUCACCGGAAACUGCGACCAACUUUACGGUUGACGUGCCGAAAAAUGCAGUGCCUGACUCGACCCGGAUUGAAGUCGCCGUGAUUGGUGAUAUCUUGGGAUCUACGAUCCAGAAUCUCGACUCUCUCAUCAGGAUGCCUUACGGUUGUGGGGAACAGAAUAUGUUGAAUUUCGUCCCCAACAUUGUUGUUCUGGAUUACCUGAAAAAUACCAAUCAGUUGACAUCGAAGAUCGAAACGAAGGCAAAGAAAUUCAUGGAGUCCGGCUAUCAGAGAGAAUUGACCUACAAGCAUGACGAUGGAUCGUUCAGUGCAUUCGGAAGUUCUGACAAGAGUGGAAGCACUUGGUUGACAGCUUUCGUUGCGCGGUCGUUCAAACAAGCAGCUAACCACAUUAGCGUUGAUGAGAAUGUGAUCGACCGUGCCCUUGAAUGGCUGGGCAGUAAGCAGGCAGCUAACGGAAGUUUCCCUGAAGUCGGAGUAGUAUCCCAUAAAGAUAUGCAAGGAGGAUCUGGACAAGGAAUUGCGCUGACUGCGUAUACGCUGAUUGCAUUCCUCGAGAACAAAAAUCUUAUUCCGAAGUACAGGAACGUUAUCGACAAAGCGUUGGAUUACAUCGUUAGAAAUACCGAAGGUCUCGAGGAUAACUAUGCAUUGGCUCUUGCCGCGUAUGCUCUGCUGCUUGCCGAACACAGCUCCAAAGACUACAUACUGGCACAGUUGGAUACCAAGGCCACAACGGAGGGAGACACCAAGUGGUGGCAUAAACCGAUCCCGGAAAGUGACAGCAAAAACCCAUGGUACCACAAGCCAAACUCCGUCAACGUGGAGAUGUCAUCCUACGGACUGUUGGCUUUCCUCGAAGCUGAUCUGGACACCGAUGCUCUGCCCAUUAUGAAAUGGUUGAUCGCUCAACGUAACGAAAAAGGUGGUUUCCAGUCCACCCAGGAUACGGUUGUUGGUCUUCAAGCAUUGGCUAAACUUGCUGCGAAGAUUUCAUCAAAGAACAAUGACGUUACGAUCGUGGUUACAUACAACGAAAACCAACAACGGGAAAUGAAGGUCAACGCCGAGAAUAACCUGAUCUUGCAGAAAUUCGAGCUGCCAUCUUCUGCUAAGAAUAUCGAUGUCAAGGCUACUGGUAGUGGCUUCGCCGUGUUUUCGCUAUCGUACAAGUAUAACAUGAAUGUGACCGGAGAGUGGCCACGAUUCGUACUAGACCCGCAGGUUAACAAGAACUCCAACCAGGAUUAUUUGCAUCUGUCGGUUUGCACAAGCUUUGUACCGACAACUGGUCAGAACAGUUCCAAUAUGGCUGUAAUGGAAGUUGGAUUCCCGAGUGGUUUCACCGCCGAUACGGACACUCUGCCAUCUUUGGAGAACAUGGACUACAUCAAGAAAGUGGAACUGAAGGAUGACGACACCAUUGUUGUGCUGUACUUCGACAGCUUGGAUCGCAAUGAACUCUGUCCCACGAUCUCCGCCUUCCGUACACACAAGGUGGCCAAACAAAAGCCAGCUCCCGUUGUAAUUUACGAUUACUACGAUAAUUCUCGUAUCGCCCGUCAAUUCUACGAAGGACCAAAAUCCGGCUUGUGUGAUAUCUGUGAGAAAGAGGACUGUGGUGAUUCUUGUACCAUUCGUUCACAGAAGCAGCGUGCAGCCCGGGACGAGGAUGGCGGCCGCGUAUCGACUAGUGCCGCUGGUAGGUUCGGAGUGGUCGUUGUUUUUCCGUUUGCUGUGGUUGGACUACUGCUGAAGAUGUUCUAUUGAGUGUGUACCUCAUUUAAAGAGUGACUUGCAAUAGUCUUACUGGAAGGAAUGGUCGUUGCGUGUGUGGAAUGCUGAAUGGAAGAGUAUUGCGAUUCAAUCUUUGUAUUGUAUAGUAUAAGAUGUAUUUUAUCCCCAUGAUAAUUCAAUCCACGAAAUAAAGAAAACAUCAGUAUGGGUUAAAUAUA